AUGACCUCGGAAGCCAAUGUUCAGUUUGCCGGCGGCUCGUUGAUGAAUCCCAUGGCCGCUAUGGCCGUGCCACCCGCGCCACCCAGCUUGCUUUCCCCCUCGUCAUUUGCCAUUUCCCACCCGCAAUCUCUGCAUCCGCAGCCUCUGCUGCCCACUGUGCUCAAGCUCACCAACUUACCGCCCGACUUGAGCCCUCGUGAGGCCGCGCUCAUCUUUGCGCUCGUCAACGACGAUAUUGUAGCCAUCGACUUGCAUGACGACACUGUCACCGCACAGUUCAAGACAUUUUCCACCUGUGUAACCACUGGCAAGUUGCUCGACGGGAAACAAAUCUUUGGCACUUCCUUUGGCCCCGUUAAGGUGGACUUCGAUCCUUCUGCCGCGGUGGCAUCCACUUCCUCCGCCUUUGAUAGCAUGAGAUUGUCCUCGGCUGGCAUUUCUCCUCCUCAGCAUCAAAUUCAGCAUCAGUCCCUGCAUCACUCUCAGCAUCCCGUAUCGUCGCUGGCUCAGCAGCUGAUAUCUCAGUCCGUGCCGCUGCUGCUGUCCCAGCCACAACAGCAACCCCAGCCUCAGCAACAGGCAGGUGCAUCGGGUUUUGACAACUUCCUGAAACGCAAGUCAGUGGGAAACACCCGCUCUCGCUUCUUGUUCAGCGACCCAUUCUCUGGUGCUGCUACUCCAAACUCCACCGCAGGCACCGGUUCCAUUGACUUGAGUGAUCUCACUGGAAAGUCUUUGCUCAUGAUGGAAUCUCAAAGCGAUGCCCGCGAAUACGAGAACUUGGUGCGUGAUCCUUGGGGCUCGCAAGCCCCAUCUGGUCUUUCCUUUCCCUCCAACCCUCAGACCCCUGGAAUUGCUUCCGUGCAUAACAGCUUCGAUUGGGGCUCCCAGAACAACGUCCAGAGCCAGGCCCAACAGCAACCAUCGGGCCAACAGCAACAGCUGAACCAAGCUCAGGCUCCGGGUGUGUCAUCAUCGCUGCUGUCUGCCGACAGAAGAAGAACCUCUUCGGCCUUUUUCAACGGUGGCCCCGUCGCUCUGGGCCAGUCUGCUGGCUCAUCUAGCCAACUGCAACAGCCUCAGACCGUAGCUGCCAUCCUCUCGCAGGGUCCAACUCAGUCAAAUGGCUCGUUGGCUCCUUUGGCCAUUCCUUCGAGCUCGACAAACCGCAAUGGUCCUCUGUCAUCAGGCUCUGGAUCAGGUAACUUGCCUUCUGCACUGUCGACCACAACAUCGCAACCGGUUUCUGCAACUACUCCAACCUCUUCCGCCAGGAUUCCCGCAAAGGAUGUUCCUGAUCUUUCUUUGCUUGCAAGGGUACCUCCUCCAGCUAACCCAGCAGACCAGAAUCCUCCAUGUAACACUUUGUACGUUGGCAACUUGCCUCCGGAUGCUACUGAAGCUGAAUUGCGUUCUUUGUUUGCACCUCAAAAGGGAUUCCGUCGUUUGUCGUUCAGAACGAAGAACCAGUCAUCCAGCGCCAGUUCCAGCUCAUCGAGUCACAACCACGGCCCUAUGUGUUUUGUUGAGUUUGAGGAUGUUGCCCAUGCUACAAUUGCGUUAGCAGAGUUGUACGGUAGAGCAUUGCCCAGACCUAAUGGAAGUAAUGGAAAAGGAGGAAUCAGACUUUCCUUUUCGAAGAACCCAUUGGGUGUACGUGGCCCUGGAAACCCAAGAAGGACUUCAACUAACCAGCAAGGAUCUACCUCGAACGGCAACGCCUCCAACGGUGUCGGCAACUACGGGUAUCUGAACUAUCACAAUUAG